UACUUUUCACAGCAGUAGAGUAGCAGCAACUGCGUUAGUUGAGUGUGCGUGUUGGGUGCGUAGUCCUGCGUGUGUGUAAUUUCAGUAGGAGAUAUUCAUUUAUUAGUGGAAAAAUUCUUUGAUUAGGUGUCGCUAUAUUUCUCGGUUAAAUGUUUGUUCUUCGUAGACUUUCUGUUAUAUCUACUCAAUAUUUGAACAAAAAUGUCUUUCCACAUAUGAGACUAGCCUCUUGUUGGACUGGAAAUGAAUCAUUAAGUGAAGAUGAUCCUGAAAUGUGGGCAUUGAUUCAAGAAGAAAAGAAAAGACAGAAGAGUGGUUUAGAAUUAAUUGCUUCAGAGAACUUCUGCAGCCGAGCAGCACUUGAAGCCCUCGGUUCAUGCCUGAAUAACAAAUAUUCGGAAGGUUACCCAGGACAAAGGUAUUAUGGAGGAACUGAAGUCAUUGACAAAAUAGAACUAUUGUGCCAGAAACGAGCAUUAGAAGCAUUUUCUCUAGAUCCAGAGAAAUGGGGUGUAAACGUUCAGCCUCUGUCAGGUUCGCCUGCCAACUUUGCUGCAUAUACUGGGUUGAUGCAGCCACAUGACCGCAUCAUGGGACUUGAUUUGCCCCAUGGAGGACAUUUGACCCACGGUUUCAUGACAGAGUCUAAAAGAGUAUCUGCAACUUCUGUUUACUUUGAAUCAAUGCCUUAUCGCCUAGAUACUGAAACUGGCCUAAUAGAUUAUGACCAGUUGAAAAAGAAUGCACUUCUAUUUCGUCCAAAGGUAAUAAUUGCUGGAACAUCAGCGUAUUCACGACUGCUGGACUAUGAAUGCUUCAGAAAGAUCUGUGACUCAGUUAAAGCAGUGUUGAUGGCAGAUAUGGCUCACAUUUCUGGAUUGGUUGCUGGUGGUGUUAUCCCAAGUCCAUUUGAAUAUGCUGACAUUGUCACAACGACGACACACAAAACACUUCGUGGAGCAAGAUCUGGCUUGAUUUUCUAUCGACGUGGUGUAAAAGAUACUGAUAAGGCUGGAAAAAGUAUACUGUAUGAUUUUGAAUCUCGCAUCAAUGCAGCUGUGUUCCCAUCACUUCAGGGUGGCCCACAUAACCAUGCCAUUGGUGCAGUGGCUGUAGCAUUAAAACAGGCCUGUACACCAGAGUUCAGAAAAUAUCAAAACCAAGUUCUUCUGAAUGCAAAAGCCUUGGCAAAAGGUUUACUUGACUGUGGUUAUUCUCUAGUAUCAGGUGGAACAGACACACAUCUGGUGCUUGUGGAUUUACGAUCAAAGAAACUUGAUGGUACACGAGUGGAGACUGUUUGCAACAAGUGCAAUAUUACAGUAAACAAAAAUACUUGUCCAGGAGAUAAGAGUGCAAUGACACCCAGUGGUCUGAGAUUAGGUGUUCCUGCUUUAACAUCACGGCAGUUCAAAGAGAAAGAUUUUGAGAAGGUUGUGGCAUACAUUAAUAGAGCUGUUGAGAUUGCUGCUGAGACAUCGUCAAAGUCUGGUCCAAAGAUAAAGGAUUUCAAGUUGUGCAUGAUGAAUGAUGCUGACAUAUCAUUGAAGAUACAACAAUUGAAGGAAGAAGUAUGCAAUUUUGCAUUAAGUUACCCGAUGCCUGGAUUUGAUGAUCAUUAAUUAAAGGCAGACUAACUGUACUCUGUACACUUAAUCACAAAUGUGAUCUGAUGCAUCAUGCUGAAUCUCAUGCAUUUUGUACUGCUUUGCUUAUUAUCUGUUAAUUUUCGACAGAUUUUUUUAAAUACAUUUUUUUCACUUGGUUUCAUAAGUGAUUUUUUUUUUUUUUUUUUUUUAAGAAAGGUAUCAUGUAAUGAUAAAGUAAGUUAAGUUGAAUUAGUUGGUACUGAACAACUGUGAUUUAAGUGUUAUGAAACACACAUUCCCUAACUCGUUCAGAUGUUUGUUAUUUUUGUUAUGUGUUUUUUAGUAAAAUAAUAUGAAAAUAAGAACUUCUUUCUUGUGAAUUAGUGGUGUGUGUGUGUGUGUGUGUGUGUGUGUGUGUGUGUAUUUCGGUAUCUGUCAUUUGUGAUAGGAGUGGCUGUGCAUUUUUUCUUUGUAAGUAUUAAUAAAAUGUGCUAUCAACAA